AUGCUUUCCCCGGGUUCAGCCAGGGCCUGCACUCGGCUGCGGGCCUCGGACAGCGCUACCGAGGCGGCGGCGCAGGGGUCCGGGGCCUCUUAUCGGCGUCCAGUCCUGGGCUGGGGAGGCGGACGGGGGGCGCGCGCCGCGGUGGCUCCAGCUGCCGGCCCUCGCUGCUCCCGCGCUGCUACAGUCAGCGGAAGCUCGGCGAGUCUGGGCGGCUCGCUCUCGGUUUCGUUUUCCCCGCGGACUCCGCCUUCCUUCGGCCGCCCCGGCCCCUCCCGCACCGGUCCGCACAGGUCCGCGCAGGGCCCGCGAUCGCCUGAAACCCGGCCUCCACUCGGAGUCCGAGCGCGGGCGCCCGGGGCCCUGCAGCCCCCGCCCCAGCUGCUGGGACUGUCACCGGCCCGGGUAAUUGAACCUGCUGUACCAGAUACCAGCCAGCAGUUAGGAGAUUCACCUGCUUCCUGAGGGGUCUCCUGGAGUUUACAACCAAAGUCCUUACCAGUAGGAUUUUUAAUGAGAAAAUUUUAAAUCCUGCAAGACAUCCUGAGGCAAGGUUUGGUGGCUCAGAUGGUAAAGAAUCUGCUGGCAAUGCCGCAGAUCCAGUUCGUUCCCUGGGUUGGGAAGAUUCCCGAAGAAGGGAACCCAAUCCAGUAUUUUUGCCUUGGAAAUCCCAUGGACAGAGGAGCAAGACAAGACAUCCUCCUCACCCAAUGGACUAUCACCCUCCCAGAGUAAUACUGGCACAUUGACUGAGUGACUGAGGAGUGCUGAGUACCCAUCUCACAGCAGCAUUACAAGGUGGAUCUAACUGCUGAACACCCAACACUCCGACAGCUGAGACCAACGCUGAGACCCCAGCACAAGUGCCCUGAACACCUAUGGAGACCAGCCCGCCACUGGGUAGCAGGUCGGUUACAUGGAGCCCUGCCAUCAUGGAGUGGGCAGGGAUUUGCCUUCUGUAGAGAAAGCAUUUAUUCCAGUAGGUGCGCUUUGGCAGCCAGCAGCAGUGGAUUAUCUGGACUCAUCUCUGCUGCCUCAUGUCAGCUAGUUGAAAGGAUUCAACUUGAGGAUUCCACCAGAUUGACUAGCUGGUCUUCCUCUGAGGUGUCCGUGAGAGAAUGGACAGCAAACUUCCUACGUACCUGUUUAUUUUUAAUUGAG